AUGGCUAAGGCAAAAAAACAUGGAAAACUUCUCUCAGAUAUUGUCAUCGCCGUAUGGCAAUACAUUCGUGAUUUAAAAGGUGGUCGGCUUUAUUCAUACUUGUUGAAGUUGAUUGUAGGCCCAUCAGAUUUCGCGUCGCUGGCCUCAAAAGAACGGCAACGAUUGCAGGAAGAGGUUAAGCACAAAAUGGCGAAGGCCAAAGAGAAAGCCUUCAAAGAACGAUUUAAGGGAAUUUCAUUAACCACAGUCGACCAAAAGAAACUGUAUGUGAUAGAUAAAAAUUGCGCCUUUGUACAAGUCUACAACGGUGGAUUUAUUGGUACGCAGCCGAUGAAUAAUUUGAGCUAUUGGAUCUCUUUAAUCGAGUCAGGAAAAUUGGUUUUAGCAACAAAAGAAAUUGAAGCUCAAAUUUUAUCCACUCAAGGGUCGGCCAUGCCACCUAAGUCAAAAAAGCAAGUCACUCGCCAACAGGAAAACAGCUCCGUUGUUGAGAGAAUAAGAGCAUACCGGCAUAAGCAAUUUGUCGGGCCGAAUGGUCUUCGAGUGAAGAUAUUCGAAAAUCUUGCCGAGAUUUCUCACGAAAACGGACUCUGUGAGCAUUUAACAGGAAGUGGUUUGGCUCGUCUCUUUGAUGAGAUAGAAACUGGCGUGCUGCAGGAGGUAGAUGGGUUUCAGAAUGUGAAUAUCAAAAAAGUGAUAAAAGCGACAGACCUACCGAAAAUUGAGCAUAUGCGUCUGCUUGCGAUGGACGUUCAAGAGACAUAUGAAUCCCAUGAACGCCAUGUUCCUCAUCAAGACAUUGUCAGGCCAAUUCAGAAAAAAACAGUGCCAGUCGGCACAGUAAAACAGAAAGUGACGCCAAGCCACGCAGUUGACGUUUCUGAAAAAAAAGCUGUUGAAAAAUCCGCUGUGUCGAUUUUGGCUGUUGAUGCGACAAGUAAGGCCGAGCUUGGUCAAAAAUUGAUGACUGAAUACGCGGUCGGGGACAAGUUGCCUUCUGGUGAAACGGUAUUGAGUGUUUCGAAAAAUGCGGAUGUAAAGGUGCCGGCAAAACCGAAACAAGAAGUGGCCGUCCAAUCGGAAAGAAAACCGAUGGAAUUGGUCACUUUUGGAACAAAAAAUAAUGAUGUGGUUGAUCGCGAAAAUAAUCUCAAUCCGGUUUUGAUGAAGGUCGGACGGGUUAAGUCGGUGCUGGCCGCCGAUAUGGUCAUUAAUGGUGACGUCGAACUCUCCGAUUAUGGCGUUCGGAUUCAAGCGCACAUAACCGGGAACGUCACGCAGCGCGGAUCGAGCCUGGUCAUCAUCGACAAGGAUUCGGUCGUCGAAGGCGAAAUACGUGGUCGAUACAUCAUCGUAUUGGGGAAAGUAAAAGGAAAGAUUUUCGGUGAGCGAAUUGUCGUUGGUGCGACGGCGCUGAUCGAAGGUGACGUGAUAUAUAGAAAUACCUUUACACCCAUUGCCGGCGCAAAAAUGCGUGGACAGAUCAACCAACAGGAUGAAGCGUUAUUUUCUGACGAAGUGACGCCUAUGCCACAAAAUCCGGAAAGAAAACUGGGUGACGAUGUGGUCCCGCAAGAGAAUUUGAUUAAGCCUGUAAUUGAGCAAAAACCUGUUCUGGAUUUCUCUCAUUCAUCCGUUUUACCUACGUUUUCCGUAAAACCGGCAUUUGCCGGGAAAGCAUGA